CGUCAGCCCGGUGGACGUCUUCUUCCGGGUCGACAGAGAGUUCCUCUGCUGCAGAGAGCCAGGACUGUUGGCAAAGGAGGGGUGUCGUCUGUCCUGCUGAGCUCCUCCUGCUGUGUUAGUGUCGUGUGUGUGUGUGUGUGCGCGCACCAUGGCGAGCCUCCUACGCGUCGUGGCGGCCAGCUGCUCGGCCCCUGUUUUCAGUGGAGUUUCCUGCGCGAAGCUGCAGAGCGGCGUCGCCAUCAAAUCCUCAUGCCUUCGCUUUUUCAGGACCCAUCAAUCUCUCGGGCGAUGUGCCAGUCCAGCAGGUAUUCCGUACAAACAACUCACAGUCGGCGUACCAAAGGAAAUCUUCCUGAAUGAGCGUCGCGUCGCGCUUUCCCCUGCUGGUGUCCAGGCUCUCAUCAAACAGGGCUUCAACGUCGUCGUGGAGACGGGAGCCGGAGAGCCUUCAAAGUUCCAUGAUGAGCACUAUACCCAGGCUGGAGCAACAAUUAAAGACAUUAAAGAUGUCCUGGCAUCAGAUGUGCUGGUUAAGGUCCGCGCUCCCGUUUUCAAUCCUGAAUUGGGCGUCCAUGAGGUGGAGAUGAUGAAGGACGCGGCCACUUUAAUCAGCUUCAUCUACCCAGCCCAGAACCCUGAGCUGAUGGACAUGCUGUCCCAGAAGAAGGCCACCGUCGUGGCUAUGGACCAGGUGCCCAGGGUCACCAUCGCCCAGGGUUACGAUGCACUGAGCUCCAUGGCAAACAUUGCAGGGUACAAGGCUGUUGUGUUAGCAGCUAAUAACUUUGGUCGCUUUUUCACUGGACAGAUCACAGCAGCGGGUAAAGUGCCACCUGCAAAAGUUCUGAUCAUUGGAGGUGGAGUGGCUGGAUUGGCUUCAGCCGGUACUGCAAGAGCCAUGGGAGCCAUCGUCAGAGGAUUUGAUACCAGAGCUGCAGCUUUGGAGCAGUUUAAAUCUCUGGGCGCAGAGCCACUGGAAGUGAACAUUGCUGAGUCAGGAGAGGGGCAGGGAGGCUACGCCAAGGUCAUGUCGAAGGAGUUCAUAGAGGCGGAAAUGAAGCUGUUUGCCAAGCAGUGUCAGGAGGUGGACAUUAUCAUCACCACUGCUCUUAUCCCUGGAAAGCGUGCACCCAUCCUAAUCACCAAACCGAUGAUUGAGAGCAUGAAAGAUGGGUCAGUGGUGGUGGACUUGGCUGCUGAGGCCGGAGGAAACAUUGAGACCACAUUACCAGGAGAGCUCUCUGUGCACAAGGGUGUAACCCAUAUCGGCUACACAGACUUGCCCAGUCGUCUGCCUACACAGUCCAGCACUCUGUACUCAAACAACAUCACUAAGUUGAUGAGGGCCAUCAGCCCAGACAAGGAGAACUUUUACCUCGACGUCAAGGAGGCGUUCGACUACGGCACCAUGGAUCACGUCGUCAGGGGAUCUGUUGUCAUGCAGGAUGGAAAGAACCUGUUCCCGGCUCCACAGCCUAACAAUGUGCCUGUUGCAGCUCCUCCCAAACCCAAAUCCCUCCAGGAACAGGCGAAGGAAAAGGCAGCACUAGUCUCCCCCUUUAAGGCUACACUCACUACUGCUGGAGUGUACACUGGAGGUGCUGCCACCCUGCUGGGUCUGGGUCUGUCGGCUCCUAACGCCGCCUUCACGCAGAUCGUCACCACCUUCGGUCUGGCUGGCAUCGUGGGAUACCACACAGUGUGGGGGGUCACUCCUGCUCUGCACUCGCCACUCAUGUCAGUGACCAACGCUAUCUCAGGUCUGACGGCUGUGGGUGGUCUGUCCCUGAUGGGAGGCGCCUACACCCCAACAAGUUCUGCCGAGACACUGGCUGUGCUGGCGGCCUUCAUCUCCUCGGUCAACAUUGCUGGUGGUUUCCUGGUGACUAAGAAGAUGUUGGACAUGUUCAAGCGCCCCACUGAUCCUCCAGAGCAUAACUACCUCUAUCUGCUUCCCGGCGGUGUCUUCCUCGGGGGCUACGGCGCUGCUCUGCAGUCUGGAUACAACAUCGAACAGAUGAUGUACCUGGGCUCGGGUCUGUGCUGUGUCGGUGCCUUGGCUGGCCUUUCCAACCAGAAGACGGCCCGCCUGGGUAACGCGUUGGGUAUGAUGGGAGUUGCAGGAGGGAUCCUUGCCACCCUGGGCGCCCUCAAACCGAGUCCCGAGCUCUUGGCACAGAUGAGCGCGGCCAUGGCUGUAGGUGGCACUACUGGCUUGGCCAUUGCUAAGAAGAUCCAGAUCACUGACCUGCCCCAGCUGGUGGCUGCAUUCCACAGCUUGGUGGGGAUGGCUGCCGUGCUCACCUGUGUGGCCGAAUACAUGAUCGAGUACCCCCACUUUGCCACGGACCCUGCAGCCAACCUCACCAAGAUAGUUGCGUACCUCGGCACCUACAUUGGCGGAAUCACUUUCAGUGGCUCUUUGGUUGCGUACGGCAAACUGCAAGGUGUUCUAAGCAGUGCUCCCCUGGUGCUCCCUGGUCGUCAUGCUCUGAAUGCCACUCUUAUGGCAGCCAGUAUUGGUGGGAUGGUUCCCUACAUGAUGGAUCCCAGUUACAUCACAGGCAUCACCUGUCUUGGAUCUGUCUCUGCUCUCUCCGCUGUCAUGGGUGUAACCUUGACGGCAGCUAUUGGAGGCGCUGACAUGCCGGUGGUGAUCACCGUACUGAACAGUUACUCAGGCUGGGCUCUGUGUGCCGAGGGCUUCCUGCUCAACAACAACCUGCUGACCAUCGUCGGAGCUCUUAUUGGCUCGUCCGGAGCCAUUCUGUCAUACAUUAUGUGUGUGGCUAUGAAUCGCUCACUGGCUAACGUGAUCCUGGGAGGCUACGGCACGUCUUCCACCGGCACGGGAAAGCCCAUGGAGAUCAUAGGGACGCACACCGAGGUCAACGUGGACCAGACCGUCGACAUGAUUAAAGACGCCCAGAGCAUAAUCAUCACUCCAGGGUAUGGACUCUGUGCUGCAAAGGCCCAGUACCCCAUUGCAGAGUUGGUGAAGAUGCUCCUCGAAGCUGGCAAGAAAGUCAGGUUUGGUAUUCACCCUGUGGCCGGCCGUAUGCCGGGUCAGCUCAAUGUGCUGUUGGCCGAAGCUGGUGUCCCGUACGAUAUUGUCCUGGAGAUGGAGGAGAUUAACGAAGACUUUGCUGAAACUGACCUGGUCCUGGUGAUUGGUGCCAACGACACAGUAAACUCUGCCUCCCAAGAAGAUCCCAACUCUAUCAUUGCGGGAAUGCCCGUGCUGGAGGUCUGGAAGUCUAAGCAGGUGGUUGUGAUGAAACGCUCCCUGGGUGUGGGAUACGCAGCUGUCGACAACCCAAUCUUCUACAAGCCCAACACCGCGAUGUUGCUCGGCGACGCCAAGAAGACGUGCGAUGCCCUGCAAGCCAAGGUCCGCGAUUCCCAGAGCCAGUAAGGCGGACACCUCUACCAAGAGCACACAUCGAACAAAAAAGGUGGAAGACGAUGAGUCGCUGUUUCUCCCAAAAGUAUCUCCACAUAGGUGUCAAAGAUGACCAUUGACCGUGACUCUGCUCAUUGAGCGGUGACGGUUCAAGGUUUUUGGCGCACCCUUUCCUGUCUAAUAAAUAAGUUGCGAUGUUUGCUGUAAAGAGAAGCACGCUUGCGCGGUAGGAGCCAAGCAAUGCUGAUGUUUUGGUAUUUACAGGCACUUUUAUUUCUAGAUAUUAAAGGAUUCUGUGGAAUCUGGGGAGCAACCAACGAUGUCAUCUUCACACCGAUAUUAAUGUAAUGCAACAUCAGAAAUGUAGAUGCAGACAAGUAAAAAUUCAGUUAUGUUUUUAGGAAAUUGUCAAUAGAUCAUAGAAAAUGUUUAGAUGAAUUGUAAUUGAAAAGCAGUGUGAUAAAGAGAGGCAUGAGAAAGUUGUGCACGAAGGUUUUUUUUUUUUCUCCCAAUUUUCUUGUAUUGUACGGUAAUUUGGUUUUCCCUUUUCUAUACAGAUAGGUCGUGCUAAUGUCUCACCUUUUACUGUUUAAGUAACCAGAAAAAAAGCGGCACAGUAGAACAUCUUUGUAAAGUUUGAUCAUUUCCACUUUUAUAGCGUACUAGGAUUUUUGUAUUUGGUCUAAUAAUUCUCAAAAUAACUAGAAAUAUGUUAAGAAGGCAUAGCCAGUGAUGGAAAUCUGGUCAUCCUACUUUCUUUUCACUUUUGUCUUGUUAAAUUAAAGAGGCGUUCAACCCGCUUCUAUGGAGCAUUUUUUGCAAUGAACCAAAUGGAUCUGACCUUAAGUAUGAAACCACCGCAGUAAUGUAAUGCUAAGACUGUACCACUCCUGCAUCAACACUCUUGUAUCUCUAGUAGCUGAAUGGAUUUAAUUAUGUUUUUGAACCAGUUGCAUCAAAUCAUCCUUUUGUCAUGCUCUCAUUUGGCCUUUACAGUAAAGAAGGAUGUUAUUUUGAUGAAGUCUGUGGCUCCAUCCCCUCCAAUUUGAGCGUCCUCGUUGGAUUUCGAUGGGGAAAUGAAGGAUCACUGUUUUGUAAACUUAAACCUGACUGUUGUGAGAGGACUCAAAAGCAAAAUUAGACUUGAUUCCAAAUACAGUUGUUUAAAAUAGUUACCAAGAAUUUCCAUAAUGCCCAAAUGUCCCCUUUUACUAUUAUAAAGGGACUAGUUGCUGAUAACCUCAAUUUUUUUUGAAAGAUCCCUAACAAAAUGACCAGCUCCCACUCUACACGUGACAAUCUCCUAACUAAAAACCCCAGAAACUCACUCCAUGUUUGAUUACUAAAUGUUAUCUGCCACCCCUUUUUCAUGCAUUUCACGGUUUUGAUGGUCCACGGUUGGAGUAACAUGGUGACCGGUUAGCGGUCUACAGUUCUGUAAGAAGUUGUUAUAGAUGUUAUAGUUUCAUCCUGGGACCUGACACAUUGACCAACUAUCCUACCUCUCCCUAAAAAGACCAAUCAUUUUAUAGAGGGCCGUCAUCUGACCAAUGACGUUUGACUCAAUUUCCCACAGGACGUCUUUUCCAUCCACACAGCAAAAUUCAACCAGUCAACUGUCAUGUGUCUUAAACUUGACCAUUUGCCUCUUGUGUUGUGUUCACGUCCCAUUUUUAAUCAUCAGACCUCAGCUUACGGCUUCAUAGUUCAGUGUGUUGUGCAAAAAUGCAGCUGCAGAUGUCAUUCGCUUUCAUGAGGUUAUUUCUCUCAUAUCUCAUGCUUAAUACUUGCUGUAGUUUCUUGCCAUUUUCAAGAUAUUGAUCAAAAUAAUAAAAAUGAAUUGUUCUGCCAAUGUGCACCCUUAUGCCCUUGACCCUUUUUGUCUUCAUAAGGAAGUAUUUUUGUAAAGAGGCACCAUGUUUGUGCAAAGCCACAAUGGGGUUUUGAGGAUGUACAAUGUUUCAAUGCAACGUACAGGAGAUGAAAUGUACUGUAAAUGCCCCCCCCCCCCCCCCUUUUCGUUCAUCAUGGAAGAAUUUCAUCCCUAAUAAAGCUGUAUUUACACAAGA